AAUGAGUUCCUCAUCUAGUUCUUCAUCAUCGAUGUCUUCAUCAAGAUCAUCUUCCUCAAGUUCAUCAUCUUCAUCAAGAUACUCUCACAAAAAACAACAGCGAAGAAAAAACAAAUAGAAGGAGGAUUAAGAUGCUGGCCAUUUUGAAUAUCAAAUAGGCAUGAAAAUAAAAGCAGGAUAAUUUGUGAUCACACGAUUUUUAGGAGAUGGCACCUUUGGUCGUGUUUUAGAAGUUAAAACUUGUAAUGCUACUUGUAAUAAUUAUUAUGCCAUGAAAGUAAUAUUAUUUGGAUUUAAAAGUGCAUAAGGGCUGUGGAAAGGUACAUAGAAUCGGCAAAAAUAGAAACCAAAAUAUUGUGGUAUAUUUAAGAUAAGGAUAAGAAUGGGGCAUUUAAUAUUGUUAGACUGUUCACGUCGUUUGAAAGAUAUGACAAUUAUUUCAUGGUUUUUGAGAGGGUAUUUCUAAAAUAAUCAUUAAGUUAGGGAAAUCAUUAUAUGACAUCAUAAAGCAGAACAAUUACAUUGGAUUCCCAAUCUAAUAUGUGUAAUCGUUUGCCAAAUAGAUUAUCAUCUCUGUUGCUUUCCUUCAUCAGAACCAACUCACUCACACAGACCUCAAACCUGAAAAUAUCUUGACCACCAAUUGUGAGUAUAAAUUGGUUCCCUUCAAAGGAAAACAGUAUUAAUUUACAUUCCAUUUAGAAUCUGGGUCCCUGAACGAGAAAUCCUUAAGAUCAUCGAUUUCGGAGGAGCCACCUUUGAUCACGAAUAUCACAGCACUGUCAUUAACACCAGACAAUAUCGUGCUCCUGAAGUCAUUAUGGGCUAUCCGAAAUGGAAUGAGAAUAGUGACAUCUGGUGCAUUGCUUGUGUCUUGCUUGAACUCUAUACAGGUAGGAUUAUUGAUCCCAAUUAUUUUAGGCGAGUUGUAUUUCUAAAAUAAAGAUGAUUUAGAACAUAUAGCCAUGAUCGAAAAAGCUAUUGGACCUAUGAAUUACCGUCAUUUCAAGAAUUCCAAAUAUAAAACAUUCUUCAAUUAUGAUUAAAAGUACACUUAUUGAAAUUAGAGGUACUUUGAUUAGCAUCGAUCCUAUUUCAAAUGGAAUUCGGUGGCACCAAGUGAUUCUGCUAUUGAAAGAGUCAAGAAAUUGAAAACUUUCGAAGAAUUAAUACCAGCUAAACACGCCCUCUUUAUUGAUCUGAUUAGAAAGAUGCUCCAAAUAGAUCCUGAAGAACGAAUGCCCUUACGAAAACUAAUUCAUCAUCAAUUUUUUCAACAGGUAUUCUAAGAUUGA